AUGAGGGUGCUCCUCCUCCCCACCCCUGAGAGAACCCCAUAUACCCCAGCCAACUGGCGUGUGCCAUCCAUUUCUCACCCCCCCCCCGAGGUGCGCUGUGCCCGCAUGAGGCCAUGUGGCAUCGAAAAUGGCUACGCAUCCAUGUCUACACCAAGGGAUAAUGCUAUUGACCCACAUCAUGAAGACCCUGGAAUAAGAGACCUGGAGAAGAUGUUGCAAGAAGUGGGCCUGAAUCCCCAGUACUGGGUAUCUAAGCUGCAGGAAAACUUGGAUGUGACCUCUGUCCAAGCCUUACAACACCUAGAACAGAGGGAAGUUCUGACACUGAAAUCCCAGUCGAAACAUCCAUGGGAGAAACGGGCAAUAGAAAGACUUCUUCAGCUGUCUAGAACCCAGGGAUCAUGGGAAAUGCAAGAGAAGUCCUGGGUGCAAGUGCAGGAGAGACAAAAUCAGGCACAGUCAGCCUUGAUAGAACUGAAGGAGAUGCAGGUGGAAGGUAAAAGCCGCCAGGAGGAGAUUGUGAGGAUGAAAGAAGAAGAGCUGAGGCAGGUCAUGGAGAUCCCACCAGAGUACUGGCCACUUACUAAGAAACCCCUAACAGAGGUUAUAGAAAAUAUGAAGGAACACCUCAGUGUCAUGGAAGGCACUCUCUCCAAUAGGGAGAAUCUUCCUGACAGGGAACUCCUGAAACGAGUUUCAGGUGGCCUAGCCCUGCAGGGAAUUUACCAAACUGGACAGCCUGUGGAUCUUUUGGAGAGGAGAGAAGAACUGCUCAGCCUCCCAGAGAACAUCUUUCUGCUCAGCCCAGAACAGGGGACACGGACGGAAACCAAAGAAUUUUCGUCUUCUCAUGAGGAGUCUAUGUUUACCCAAAGCAUGGAGAGAUUAGGCUUUACUGUUAGCUUCUUGGCCAAGGGUGGAGGAUGGGGAUGGAGCCUGGAGUCCAGCACCAAUAAUACCAAAUCUUCUGACUCCAGAGAACUGCAUAAGGAACAUUCUGAGAACACUUACAGCUGCACCACCAGGUUCAGCUACAUCCCACUGGCUUGCUGCCACUUUUCACAAGAUCAGCUCUGUCUUAGCAGGUCAGCUGUGCAAGAGUUAAAACAGUUAGAGAAACUUCUGAUCCACUCCAAUGAUUCAGAAACUCACAUACUGAGGCAAAGAUGUGAGGCAUUUUUCCAUAGAUUUGGCUCUCAUGUGAACCAGGGCCCAUUGCAUUUGGGAGGAAUAUUCUGGUGGAAAGCUAUAACAAAAGGCUUCCAGUCAGAGGAGCUGCAUGAUGUAAAGCAACAAGCCUCCAAGGCACUCGAUGUAUAUAUUGGAGGCAGCUACUCUGGUUUUGGGGUGACAGUUGGAGCUGGAAUGAACAUAUCAAACUCUCAAUCUCAAAUGACUUCUCACAAUACAGAUUCCACUAAUUUGCAAGGAAGAUUCCAAUUGUCUGUAUACCAAACAGGAGGCCCCCCAGAGGUGGAUUCUCUUCCACAAUGGAAAGCUGGUCUUGUGGCCAGCAAUUGUACCUGGUGUGUCAUUGACCGAGGUUAUCAGUUAGUGCCUGUCUGGGACAUAAUUCUGUCUAAUCAUAGACAGGAUUUUCAGGAUCCCCUUCAACUAACUCACUGCCUCACAGACACUUACACAGCAUUGACUGGCAAACAUGCAAGAACCCAGGUUGGAGAGGAAUUUCUGAGUGCAAUCGAUGAUGCCAUGUCUUUUUUAGAAGAAGUAAAAUCUUGGGAAACUACUGAGCCUCAGGAGAAGUUGAUGAAACUGAUGGAUUUCAUGCAAAAUCUGAGUGAGAAGACCAGGAAUUAUGACCCUUGGAUUAACAUCUGUCUCAAAAACCCAUCUCUGCAGCAGUUCUUGGUAGACAUUUAUAACUUUUACAAAGAUUUCCCAAUUCAUGAAGUCAAAUUCAUUAAAUCUCAGCUGCGUAGCCUUCUGUAUCCUCAUGUCUAUCAAGUGAAAGACUUCUCACAGAGUCACUCAAUCAUGCAAUGGAUUUUCCAUUCAGCAAAGCAGCAACAACAUAUACAAGUUACAGAAUUUGAUGAUUUCAUUCAACUCUUAGAAAAGGAAAAGAAUAACCUUCUUGAUGUAAAUCCUAACUUAGAGUUCUUGGGACAGAUGGAAGAAGCUCGAAGAAAGGCCACUUAUAAGAUCAGUUCAUUUCUCAGCUCCUUUCUGAAGACCUUGAAACAGUCAGGAGAGUCAGGCACAUAUCUCCUGUUACUUUCCAUUGCAGUUGGUGCAGGGUACAAGGAGGAAAACCAAACCUUUCAUUAUCUCCUAGGAUGUGAAGAAUUAAAUUUCCUGUUAUGUGAAAUGAAAGAAGCCCAUGAAAAAUACCAGAACCUUAAUAAGAAGUGUGGCUCUAUGGCUCAGGCAUUCCUUCUGUUCACAGGACUCACAGUUACCCCUGGUCCUAUUUCUGUGUCUUCAGAAAAAAAGAAGCAACGUUUGGAGCUCAUGCAAUCUCUCACGGGACUGUCAUGGUCCAAAGAAGUGCUUCAUGUACUCUCAAAACCCAGGGCAGGUCAUGAUUGGGAAACUCUGGAGAAAGAUUUGAAUUUGCUCAUCAGUGGAGAAUAUGAAGUUAUAUUGAACUGUGUUCAGAUGGACCAGGUGAGAAAAGAACUGGAAAGUGUCUCUCAGAGAAAGAAAAAGUUAUGUGAACCAGAACCAGUUACCAUCAAACAGCAUGAAGUGAUAAAUUCCACCUUUUUAGAGCUAGCCAAGAGGCUUGAUCUGGCAAGUUACUAUCCAAGGAAGAUGGGUCGGGCAGAUUUCCAUCUGAUUUACAAGACUUCUGUGCAUGACACUCAGCCAGAUAAAGAAAUUCAGUUACCAUUUUAUUUCCUACAGAAGCUAUUGAUGCUGGAUUACAGACUUAGAUACUUGGUCUGCAAAAUAGAGGGAGACACAAUGACUGGUCAGACUGUGACUCUCAGAAACCUUGAGGAUGACACUUCAGAUCCUUAUGAUGAUUUGUUUAAUGAUAGUGACAUGUCCUCUGAUGUCUUGACCACAGAUCAGCCCCACAUUCACCCAAUGGACAUCCAGAUGAUGAUUUUUCAUUGUGCAGAUGACUUCAUGAGACAAUACAUUUCAAACAAACUUUCCAUCUGCCAAUUUGCUCUCCCUCUUGUGGUGCCCAAUCCCUCUAAUUCUGUAAUAGAAUUUCCCCUUUGGUCUUUCAGCCAGAUCAAGAGAAACUGGAGACAGAUAGAGAAAUCAGAGGGAAAAGACAAAGUCAUUAAUUUUCAUAACCAAUCUAUCUUCCAAGUACCUAUCCCCAUCGUGUCUUUCAUAAGAGUUGUGAAUUCUGCUACUUCUUCCAAAUCUCAGAUCUUGAACUCUCUGCUGAGUAAGCACAAACAUGAUACUUUUUUCCACCGUCACUGCCGAGGAAGCAGCAAGUCCUGCCUCUUGAUGGGAGGUGUGGUAGAAAUCUCCUGGUUCUUCCCAGGGGGAAGAGGUGAGGACAGAUUUGAAAGCUGUGUUGCUUUCACCAAUCUCCAUGGAGAUGCCAAAGACUAUGAGACCCAGCUCAGGUUUCUGCAGGAAAUUGCUUCAGUCACGGUGGUCCUUGUUUCUGCUUCUGACAAAAGUGAGAGGACCACAAAAAUGGUCCGGGAUCUGUGGAAGUCAUCCAAACCUUUGGUUUAUUUGUUUGAUGACAAAGAUAAGACUACAAGCAAUGAUUCUGGCCUGAAAGUGAGAAUUGGGAUCAGGAAUAGAAAUGAGGCAGAAUUAAUAGAUCAACUCACAAGUGUCAUCAAUCGCCUGCUGAAGUCUUCAGGUCCCUUUCUCAGUCUGGAAGACUGUGCAGAUGUGGCUCGCCGGUAUGGCUUUCUUGUAGACUUGGAUAGAGAGGAGUGUCAGGAGGCCAAGGGAAAAGCAGAAUCUUUGAUGGCCCUCAUGAAAGAGAUGAAAUUGUCUGAAAUGAAGGAGACAUUAUUGCCUCUUCAAGGAGAACUUUGGCACCAGUGGUGUAAGAAGGAUAAGGAGCUUUGCCACCUGCGAGAGAAAGGGAACCGUAGCCUUGAACAGCACAAGAGUGAGAUUGAGACAGAAAAGCAAAUAAUAAGACAAACACAGCUAAAGAGGGCAUUUCCUCUCAAUGACUUAAUGCGAUCGGUGUUGGAAGUGCUCCAAUCUCACUCUGAGAGAGACAACAAAACUCAGUUGUACUUCCUGCAGUGGCUGGAUAUGUUUAUGGACACUCUGACCAAAAGUCACUUGGAAAUGCUUUAUAAGAGGCACAAGCAGUUGUGGUUGCAGCCAUUGGCAGAAAACCAAAAGGGAUCCAAGGACAUCUCCUUAAAAUACCACCAAAUGGAACUAGAAACUGUUUCUAAGGAGAUCAGGGAUUCCUCAUUGGGUAUUGCUCAUAUCCUCAGAGAAGUUGGCCAGAUCUAUGAAGCUUUGGAAGAAGUUUCAUCCCAAAGGCAUACUGUGUUCUUCUCUCUUCCUCAGAUUGCUGCCGACCUGAUGGUUUCUGGAUAUCCCCUUGAGCUGAUGGAUGGGGAUGCUUCCUAUGUACCCCUGAAGUGGGUGUCAGCUGUUUUUGACAGAUUAAUUGAGAAAAUUGGAGACAAAAAGCUUUUUGUUCUCUCUGUUCUUGGUCUCCAAAGCACAGGGAAGUCCACUUUGCUGAAUGCAAUGUUUGGCCUUCAGUUCAAUGUCAGUGCAGGGCGAUGCACACGAGGAGCCUACAUUCAGUUGGUGAAGGUGGAGGAAACCCUGCAGGAAGAGAUGGGCUUUGACUUUGUCCUUGUGGUUGACACAGAAGGACUCCGGGCCCCAGAACUUAUGAACAAGUCACAGAAUCGGGACAAUGAGCUGGCAACCUUCGUCAUUGGACUUGGAAAUCUGACUUUGAUCAAUAUUUUUGGAGAGAAUCCUUCAGAAAUGCAAGAUAUUUUGCAAAUUGCCGUGCAGGCCUUUCUGAGAAUGAAACAAGUAAACAUUUCUCCAAGCUGUCUCUUUGUCCAUCAGAAUGUGGGGGAAAUGACUGCCAAAGAUCAGAACAUGGAAGGGAGAAGAAGACUGCAGGAGAGACUGGAUGAAAUGGCAGUCACUGCUGCAGAACAGGAACAAUGCACCGAUAUUACUUGCUUCAGUGAUGUCAUUUGGUUUGAUGUAAACACCCAGGUCCACUAUUUUGCUCAUCUAUGGGAAGGGGAUCCUCCAAUGGCUGCUCCCAACCCCACUUAUAGUCACAACAUCCAAGAUCUUAAAAAAGGAGUUCUCUUGGCUGCCAAAGAAGAAUCCAAGGGCAGCAUCCUGAAGAUAUCUGAGGUAAAAGUUCGGAUCCAGGAUUUGUGGAAAGCUUUGGUGAAUGAAAACUUCAUCUUUAGCUUUAAGAAUACCAGGGAAAUCAUGGCCAUAAGCAAACUUGAGGCAAUGUAUAACAACUGGUCUUGGCAGCUAAGAAGUCAUUUAUUAGUGUUGGAAAACCAGUUGGUCAAUCAGAUUCAAAAUGGAGAGAUCCUGGAUCUCACCAGAAGUUCUAUUGAGGCAAAUGUUGCAGAAAAAUAUGAAGCAAUCAGGCAAGAACUUCAAAGAUAUUUUGAUGAAGACCAAGACAAUGAAAUCCUGAUUCAGUGGAAGGGAAAUUUUGAGAAUAAAUUUAGAAAUCUUAAGGAGGCACUUGUUUCAGAAAUUACCAGAAAGUCCAUUGAUUUUCUUAGUUCAAGGACAAGUCAAGAUAAACUGGAUAAAAAGAAAUCAGAAUAUGAAAAACAGCUAUUGUUGAGAAGUAGAGAUGUGGCUUUAUUAGUAAUGGGUAAGGAAUUAGAUGAGGAUGAAUUGAGAGAAAAGUUCAAUCAACUUUGGACAAUGUGGGUCUGUGAAGUGUCCUCAAGUUCCUCUACUGCUGAAAACCUCAAUAUUGAUGUGGAUUUGGAGAAUGUCUUUCUAGAUCAUUUUAAACAGGAGCACAAUGUCAGAAGCAAACUUCAAGCUUGUUCCAGAAAGAAAACAUUUUCCAUUGAGUAUGAAAAACAUGUGAAAAUGAAGAAAAAAUAUCACCUUUACACACCUUCCAUAGCAGACAGUGAUAAAGUGAUCAUAAAUCAAACUACCCAAGACAUCAUAUCUCUGGUCAAGGAAACUAUUGAAUCUAAUUCAAAAAUGGGAAGAGAUUAUAACAAAAGUUAUUUCCAUGAAAUACUGCGAUUGAUAGAUAAGGAAACUGAUUCUGCAUCCAAUAAAUCUCGGUACACAUAUACAAGUGAAUAUAAAAUGGAUUUGUCCUUAUAUUUGUGUCAAAGAGCAGCAGCUAUUUUUUGGGAUAUGCACAAAGCAUUCAAGAGAGCUCAUGAUCCUGUCACAUAUCUAGAAAGCAAGAGAGAGGAUUUCUUCAUGAGCUUUAAGAUUUCCUGCCAGGGGGCAACCUCCAUCACAACAUUUGCUGAUUUUCUGGGGAACAAGCUCACUGCUUCCCUUCCAAUAGCCAUCUGGAAAAAGGCAGCCCUUGACCUUGCUGGGGAGAUUAGGGCUAACUGUCCUGCCUUCAAUGGAAACCGAUCCAACCUGGAAAAACAUAUUCUCAUCUCUCUGGCUAAGGAAGAAAACUUUGUGCAUUAUUGGCAAUAUAUCCAUCAACCAGAAGGGUUUUUCAAAAAUUACAUUAAGAAAGAGAUUGAAGCAUACUGUGGAAAUAGAGGAACUGACAAAUUGAAUGAUGUUUUAAGUUACAAUUUGAACUAUUUUAAGAACAUCAUCUUCUCUGCUAUUCAGGAGUCAACUCUGGCAGCUAAAGAUCAAAACAAUUCUGCUUGUGUGUGGCUGGACACAUUGUGUAAUAAGUUGGGGUGUUAUUUGACCUUUCCAAGAGGUGACUUAAGAAGCAUUGAACACCAGAAGAUAACUGACAUAGAUUUCCUCAGAGAAGCCAUGAAUGAACGCCUGGAUAGUGCAAUCCAAAAGGUAGGAGAGGCAUGUGAGGUUGUAUUUAUAGAGAGAGUUGUGCCCGAGAUUCAAGUUAUACUCUCUGAGCAGCUCAGUGGCUGCUGGAAGCAAUGUCCCUUUUGCAAGGCAAUCUGUACAAAUACAGUCAAAGAUCACAGUGAGGACCACAGUGUCCCUUUCCAUCGUUUGCGUGCUGUCAAUGGUGGACAUUGGCACAAUACUGAUGAGUUUUCACUUGGUUUCUGUACUAGCUAUGUAGCAAGUGAUGUUUCAUUUUAUCGUUCUCGUGAUGAAGAUAAGACUUUCCCAUAUAAGACUUAUCGUCAGGCAGGUGGUGAAUAUGCCACAUGGAGCAUCACUCCAGACACAUCCGCCCAGCCAUACUGGAAAUGGUUUGUUUCAAUUGAGACAUGUGGAUCCAGCGUUUCUUUCCUGCCACCUUUACAGCUCUGGGGGUGUCCAGUAUUAUCACGCAAGGUCCAGUCCACCGUGGCUCGAGAGCCCCUGCAGGAAUCUUCCAAACCCACACAAGAUCUCCUGGCUCACUUGUAA